CUUUAAGUUUCCCUGCUUCACCGAAAUAAAAUCUCACUGCAAAUUUCGGUAGUUAAUGUGCGCGUGAUAAAGAAAGUGGUUUGCGCAAUAACUGGCCAUUCGACCUUGAUUAACCAUAUGAAAACGAGCGGGCUUGAUACUCUUAACACCUGCCUACACAUUCACGUCGACAGCUGCAAGCAAAACGAAUCCUUUGACGUAGAUAAGUUGUAGCACUUAAAGUUGUGCAUAGUAAAUCAAUGAAGGGUUCAGCAAAACUUUGAUGCAUUCAUUCGUAGAGAGUAGCGAACACACUGUCAUCAUUCUGAAAAGACUAAACUUGGAGUUACGAACAAAUUCAGGAAAAUCGAGACUGACAUUCAACAAUUGGACGUUUGUGCAGCUACAAAUUGUUCAAGGAAAAACUUUAGAUACUUGAGAAAUAAAGAGAUACUUGAGAAAAAUCAAUUUAAAGUUUGAAAUUAUAUUUGGCUUCCUGAUAACAUUUGAAAAAGAAGAAGGCAACAACUAAAUAAUGAGAGAGGAACAGUUUUUCUGCAGGGUCGAAAAUGCAAUGAAAAUCGAUCGAGAGACAGGCUGACGGGAAACGGAAAAGAGGCAAUACUGAAAGAGUUUGGCAAGACAACGUCAGACGCAGACGAAGUAGUGAGUUUGACGAAACGAAUUGAAAUGGUUCAGAUCCGCGGAAAGAGCGAAGAAAUGUUGCAAAACAUGGAGCAACUAAACACGAUCGCACAGGGGAGUGAGCAGCCACCAGAGACUGGCGAAAAUGAAGGUGAGAAAGAAAUAUCGGAGAAAGAGAAGCAGGAAACAGCGACGAAAAAAUUUCCAUUGCCGCAGGUGACUAUCACAUGUCCGUUGACGAUUGACAGAACGUUUGAUGGACCAAAUAGUAACACAGAUUCGAACAAGGAGGAGAAACAAGACGAACAAGGGGAGAAUUUGCACAAAAAUGGCAGACUGGCUGGACGAAGGGCUUUGCCAGAGAUCACGAUAACAUGUCCACCGGUUGAAGCAUUUGAUAUCCCUAACAACGACGCUUUCACAAACGGACUUUUUACAAAGCGUAAAUAUAUGAUAUGUCGCGAAAGCCCAAGAAGUGGUAGACGAAGAAUUUCACUCGUUGACUUCCCCAGUGGCCUGUCUUCAUUCGAAAAGAAUAACUCGAUGUAUUUGGAGAGCCCUGCCAAUUUUGUCGACUCUCCUUACUCCUUCGCAAAUGUCGACCUCAGCUUCACAUAUACCUCCCCCCUGAGCAGUCCGUUCACACCCCCUUUCACGCCUGAACUGAGGCGAAGCUCAAAAUUCGUUUAUCCUGGGGCAGUCCCUAUCUUCAGAUUGGAGGAGUCAUUCCCCCCUGCUGCAUUCGAUGAUGAUGCACCAAAAAGUUAAAGUUACGCGUAUCCAACCAUCAUAUCAAAAGGAAUGUUGCAAAAUAGAUCCAUUCUACGUAACAUUUACAGGUAUCACAGAUAAAGACUUGAGUGAAUUUACACAUUGACACUAUAAUUUGGUAUAAAAACUAUUUCAGUUAGUUAAAUAUAUAUAAAUAUAAGCAAACUUCGUACGUUGAUUACGAAAGAAAUGGGCUCUGGCGUAAGAUUGAAAUUUGGGGGGGGGGCAAGGGCAAAAUAAAGACCUGUAACAAAAAUUACGCAAAAAAGAUUUGGUGGCUUCCCAGAUUAUUUUCUGCCAUUUCACAAUGCUCCCUGGGUAGUCAAGAUGGUUAAAAGUAGUUCACAAAAGCUUGUUCUAAAAGUAUUUCCGAACACUGAAAUUUCGGGAUCCCAUUUCAUAACAAUUCUCGAAUAAAUGCUGGCGAAAUGAUACUUAAAAUACCGAAACUGACCUGCUGGUCCCUAAAGAGACCAAGCAUUGGGACGAGGGAAUCGGCAUCCGACGUGGUGCCAAUAAAAAUGAGCCCAUCAUGAGGUCUGCUUUCACGCAGGCUAGCGUUCACGCCGUGAAGCAAAUUUCCUUCUGGAACUGAAUAUGAAUGCUUGCCAUUAACAAAUUGUAAAUAGCUUUUUAUAAUUUUCUUUAAUCAUGUAAUUUAUUCUUUGUAAAAUCAUUCUGAAGGAAUAGUGGAAAGCAUUGUAUUUAAGCUGAUGGGGUUUCCAACGACAAAAGAAACUGGAAGCAGAGGAUAGCAACGGUUUACACUUCAACUGAUCUGGCGGACGACCUUGCUUUGGUCUUAAGCAAAUUGACAGCUCGUUUUUUGUUAAUUUACCAAAAAAACAUGCUAGCUCUGGUUGGCAAUGCAGAUCGUGACCCAUGAUUUCAUCACGUUUUUGUAAGGCUAAGCAGCCGUCUGUUGUCCACACCUACUUAUAUUUAAGGUAUCUCCUCGAUUAAACGCCCCGGGGCCGGUAUUAAUUUGAGUACACUUUUGUGGGGGAAAUGGUAUGUUAAUUUUUCUAAAGGGAAAACAUGGCUUCGUGUGUUACACAGUAGGUAUACAGGCUAUCCCGCUUGAUGCAUGUGUUGUAUUGGGCAAAUGCAUUUGUUAUUAUCAAUUUUUCAAUUUAGUCAAAUCUGUCGGUUACAAAAUUUUAGCAACCAUUUUCGGAUAUAGCGGGAAAAUGAAGCCUGGAUGUAGGAUUUUCAUAAAAAUAGAGUUUUCAAUACUGGUAUUAAAACGAUAUUCAGCAAAGCAAUUUGUAGAAAAUAUUUCCAUAAAGAGAAUCUGUUACGAAACAAUCUCUGAGAGUCUACACUGAAAAACUGAAAAUCCUCAUAAAACUAUCAUUUCCAUAAAACAUAUUUGAAGCUAUCACAACGUCGAAAUUUUGAAUAUCAUCUGAAUCUUCAGACUGCAUUUGGUUGGAAUACAUUCUGAAUAUAUUCAAACAGGCUCUAGAAUCGUACAACCAAAAUGGCACAAUGACCCGAAUUAUGUCCCUUACACGCGGUCCUUAUGAAAUAAACUUCGCAUUCAAAUGGUAACAAGACAGAGCUGGUAUCGUUAUGGUAUCGUUAUGGUAUUCAAAUGGUAUCGUGAGCCUGACACAGUCUUCUAAAAUACAAUGCAUACCCACAUUGAAUUGAAUGCAAACCUCUUAAGUGAAAACACGUGAAAGUUGUGGCACAUUUGUGCCAAAGUAAUUCCACAGUCGUGCAUUCAUAUCUAACUGACGUAGUUGUUGCGU